CUUGGCCGGUGACGCGGCUGUUGCUGGAGAAGGUUCUGGAUUGGGCAGCCUCGUUGUGAGCCUCGAGUGACGUCGGCCUCGCGCUGUGAGACGGGAUCCGCAGGAGGAGGAGGUUUUUACUACCGGUGUCGGAGCUCGAGGGUGGCAGCCAGUCAGCGAGCGGCGGCAGAGAGGGAGCGGCAGACAUUACACACCGAGCGACGGAGUGACUGGACGAGCAGCGGAGACGGUCGUCUCGUUUGAAGAGCGAAGGAGGAGAAACAAAGCGCGCAGACUCACUCACCAACAAUGGCUUCGGGCGGAGAAAGCAAAGCUGAUGACUUAUCAACUGCAAUUCUGAAGCAGAAGCAUAGGCCUAAUCGAUUAGUUGUUGAUGAAGCAAUCAAUGAAGACAACAGUGUGGUCUCACUGUCUCAGGCGAAGAUGGAUGAACUUCAGCUUUUCAGAGGGGACACCGUGUUGCUGAAAGGAAAAAAGAGGCGAGAAACUGUUUGCAUUGUUCUGUCAGAUGAUACAUGUUCUGAUGAGAAGGUUCGCAUGAAUAGAGUUGUGCGUAACAACUUGAGAGUCAGAUUGGGUGAUGUUGUCAGCAUUCAGCCAUGCCCAGAUGUAAAGUAUGGAAAAAGAAUCCAUGUGCUUCCUCUUGAUGAUACAGUGGAAGGCAUUACUGGAAACCUGUUUGAAGUCUAUCUCAAACCAUAUUUCCUGGAAGCUUAUAGACCAAUUAGGAAAGGUGAUAUUUUCUUGGUUCGUGGUGGAAUGCGUGCUGUGGAAUUCAAAGUGGUGGAAACUGAUCCAAGCCCAUACUGCAUUGUUGCCCCUGAUACUGUCAUUCAUUGUGAGGGUGAACCCAUCAAACGAGAGGAUGAGGAAGAAUCGUUGAAUGAAGUUGGGUAUGAUGAUAUUGGUGGUUGCAGAAAGCAACUGGCUCAGAUCAAAGAAAUGGUGGAGCUCCCUCUUCGUCAUCCUGCACUUUUCAAGGCUAUUGGUGUCAAGCCUCCACGUGGCAUUCUGCUGUAUGGCCCCCCUGGUACUGGAAAGACCCUGAUUGCUCGAGCUGUUGCAAAUGAAACUGGUGCAUUUUUCUUCCUUAUAAAUGGACCCGAGAUUAUGAGCAAACUUGCAGGAGAAUCUGAGAGCAAUCUGAGAAAGGCAUUCGAAGAAGCUGAGAAAAAUGCUCCAGCUAUCAUUUUUAUUGAUGAACUGGAUGCCAUUGCUCCAAAGAGGGAGAAGACUCAUGGUGAAGUGGAACGUCGUAUUGUGUCACAAUUGCUGACUCUGAUGGAUGGUUUGAAGCAGCGAGCUCACGUGAUUGUUAUGGCAGCUACAAACCGGCCAAAUAGUAUUGACCCAGCUCUUCGACGAUUUGGUCGGUUUGAUAGAGAGGUGGAUAUUGGGAUCCCUGAUGCCACUGGUAGAUUGGAAAUCCUACAGAUUCACACAAAGAACAUGAAGUUGGCAGAUGAUGUGGACCUUGAGCAGGUUGCUAAUGAAACUCAUGGGCAUGUGGGUGCUGAUUUGGCUGCCCUUUGCUCUGAAGCUGCUCUUCAGGCCAUCAGGAAAAAGAUGGAUGUUAUUGACCUUGAAGAUGAAACCAUUGAUGCUGAAGUUAUGAACUCACUUGCAGUUACUAUGGAUGACUUCAGGUGGGCAUUGAGCCAGAGCAAUCCUUCAGCCUUGCGUGAGACUGUUGUUGAGGUGCCUCAGGUGACGUGGGAAGACAUUGGUGGAUUAGAGGAUGUGAAAAGGGAACUUCAGGAGCUUGUCCAAUAUCCUGUGGAACAUCCAGAUAAAUUCCUUAAAUUUGGCAUGACUCCUUCGAAAGGGGUUCUGUUCUACGGACCACCUGGUUGUGGUAAAACAUUGCUGGCAAAAGCCAUUGCAAACGAAUGCCAGGCCAACUUCAUCUCAAUCAAAGGACCUGAGCUGCUUACCAUGUGGUUUGGAGAAUCUGAGGCAAAUGUCCGAGAGAUCUUUGACAAGGCCCGCCAAGCUGCACCUUGCGUGCUCUUCUUUGACGAGCUUGAUUCCAUUGCAAAGGCUCGAGGUGGAAACAUUGGUGAUGGUGGUGGAGCUGCUGACAGGGUGAUCAACCAGAUCCUGACUGAAAUGGAUGGCAUGUCUACCAAAAAGAAUGUUUUUAUCAUUGGUGCUACCAACCGUCCAGAUAUUAUUGACCCUGCAAUUUUGCGUCCUGGACGACUGGACCAACUGAUUUACAUACCACUGCCUGAUGAAAAAUCUCGUGGGGCUAUUCUGAAAGCCAACUUGAGGAAGUCUCCAAUUGCUAAGGAAGUUGAUAAGGAAUAUCUGGCUAAGACCACCAAUGGGUUUUCUGGAGCUGAUUUGACAGAGAUCUGUCAGCGAGCUUGCAAGCUUGCCAUCAGAGAAUCUAUUGAAAGUGAGAUAAGACGAGAACGGGAGAGGCAGGGCAAUCCUGCAGCUAUGGAGGUUGAGGAAGAUGAUCCAGUUCCUGAAAUUCGCAAAGAUCACUUUGAGGAAGCUAUGCGCUAUGCACGCCGGUCUGUCAGUGACAAUGAUAUCAGGAAGUAUGAAAUGUUUGCACAAACACUCCAGCAGAGUCGUGGAUUCGGCAGCUUCAGAUUCCCAUCUACUGGCCAAACUGGAGCAGGGCCAAGCCAGGGUACUGGGAGUGGAACUGGUGGAACCAUGUUCAGUGAAGACAAUGAUGAUGAUCUAUAUGGUUAACCUGCAUAGUGGACCAAAUCUGACCAGGCCAAGUUGUACAAUUUCCAUUUCUUGGACUGUUGCUUCUCUCUCUUUCUUUCCCCUCAGUCUAGUCAGAGAAGGGUGUGCAGCUUGUCAGUACUCUGGUACAGGGGUUUCUUCUAAUGAACCUAUUCUUGAUGUUGGAUGUGAAGUUAACUGUUAAAUCACUGCAAAGUAGUCCAUGACUACCUUCUGGGAAACUUCUGUUCUAAUUGAUGAGGCAGAUUCAGCAGCUUUUGCAGUGGAUAUAACUGUAGCCUGAAAAAAUACAAAAUGCUUAUGGAACUUCAUUUUUUUUAUUUCAGUAGGUGACAUAUGAUAAAUGUACACGUUUGAAUAAGACUUGAAAUGUUAAGAAUCUUAAUAUGAACUGAUAUAAUAAAUACUGAAUUGUUGCACCUCCAAAA